UAAUCUAUUUCGUUAAAUGAAGAAUGAUGUCUGCUUCAUCGAGUAACCAGUGCAGUCGGAGGAUUCUUCUUCUCCUGAUAGUAAUCAUCUUAGGCUUCACCAAUGCUGAAUAUAAUGAAUUAAAAAUGGUCAACGUUAUCUUCAGGCAUGGUGAAAGACUUCCGACUGGAAGGGAAUACUACAACAGCUUUCCUAAUGUUUCUCACAUCAACGUAACAUUAUCCCCGGAAGGACUGGGCAGUAUGACAAACAAUGGAAAGCUGAGCAUGUACAAUCUCGGUGUCUUCUUACGUCGAAGGUACGACGAUUUUUUAGGCGAUUAUUACAAUAUUAAUAUGACAAGGGUUCGAUCCACGCAGACUUACAGAACCUUUUUAUCCGCUCAACUGGUGAAUGCUGGUCUGUGGCCACCGGCCGAGUUCCAACAAUGGAAAAAGGACCUCCUUUGGCUUCCAGUUCCCUAUGAAUACGUAAAGUUUGAUGAGGAUAGUCUUAUGCUCCCGUACUACUGUCGCUGGUACGUCUAUGAGUACGAGAAAGCGUGGCAAAGUGAAGAAGUACGAAAACUCGUCGAACCUCAUCUAGAAUUCUUUGCGUAUGUCAGCCGGCACAGUGGAGUCAACGUUACCACGCCGAGGCAAAUUUUUUUUCUUUAUCAUAUGCUACAAGCUCAGACAAAUUUCAACUUGGCACUUCCUUUAUGGACUGCAGGUUACUUCCCGGACGGUCAAAUGUACGAUGUAGUUCUUCUAGCAUACGACAUCAUGAGCUGGGGAAAUCGUAUAAAGAAGAUAUACGGCGGACCUCUUCUUCGCGAAAUCUUGCAGAACUGUAAAACUUGCAUGAACGGCGCAUCGAUUCCAAAAAUGAUGUUGUACAGCGGCCAUGACAGCAAUAUUGCCAGCGUCCUUAAGACUCUCGGCCUCUGGACUCCUCACAUACCUGACUACAGCUCUGCUUUAAUAUUCGAACUUUACUUGAACAAUUCUACCAACGAAUAUGGCAUUCAAAUUCUCUACUACCGCGGCAGAAGUGAAGAAAUUGUUCCACUUAUUCUAACAGGGUGCACGCAAAUUUGUCCAAUCAGCAAUUUCACCAGGUUAUUAUCCCACGUAAUACCAGGUGAUUCUGAGGAAGUUUGUGAAAUGAACCUGGAGACUGAAGACAGUAAAAACUUAUCCGAAUCACUGCAUACCACUUCUUCAAUCGCUUGGCUAAUUAUCUGUAUUCUACUGAAGCUCAUCUGAAGUAAAACAUUUUGUGCGAUAAAGAAAACAUGAAGAACUGAUUAUCCUCCUUGAGAUGUCUAACUGAAAUAUACUCAUCUAGUAAAAACUUCCCCGAAAAUGACAAAUCAAGAUAAUAAAUUCCGCGGAAGGAUUAGGCCUUUCUAGUAUACGAGGAAUGAAGCAAAGCAAAGUUAAGGAACAAACAUCUCAACAAAUUU